AUGUUCGAUCCAGGAUCUUACCGUCCUAACCAUGACCCACCAGCCGGGAUGGAGCCAUAUGAUCUUCCUAGAGAAGGAGAUUUAGGAGCCCUCAGUAAUGCUCAACAGGGAGCAACAAAUAAGCUCAAAGCCCAAACUCGGUUAAAUAAUGAGCAUUAUUUACGAAAACAUCCAGAAAUAAAAUACAUGAUAACUGCAUUUCUGAGAGAUAUUUUAACAAAACAGCCUGAAGAUGCUAGAGAACAUUUUGUUGUCCAAAUCUUGAGUCGAAUAUAG